UUCCUGGGAACGAGGCUGCCCGGUGGUGGUCACGUGACGUCGGCAUCCUGCGCGUCCUCUCCAGGCAACCGUCCUGGGGACCGACGACGCUGCUGGCUGCAACAUGAACAUCAUCUACCCGCUGGCGGUGCCCAAGGGGCGCCGGCUGUGCUGCGAGGUGUGCGAAGCUCCGGCCGAGCGCGUGUGCACGGCCUGCACGGUCACGUAUUACUGUAGUGUGGUUCAUCAAAGAGCUGACUGGGACAGCAUCCACGAGAAGAUCUGUCAGCUCCUGAUCCCGCUGCGUACUACCAUGCCCUUCUACAAUUCCGAGGAAGAGCGGCAGCACGGCCUGCAGCAGCUUCGCCAGCGGCAGAAACACUUGAUUGAAUUUUGCUACACCGUAGCCCAGAAAUACCUCUUUGAAGGAAGACACGAAGCCGCUGUUCCAGCAGCUUUGCAUUCACUUCGCUUCCGCAUGAACGUGUACGGCCUGAGCUCCGUAGAGCUUGUGCCUGCUUACCUGCUGCUGGCCGAGGCGAGCCUGGGUCUGGGCCAGAUUGUCCAAGCUGAGGAAUACCUAUCCCAAGCCCAGUGGACAGUCCUCAAAUCAACGGAAUGCUGUCAUUCCAUCCAGUCUUUGCUGCAUCGGAACCUCGGACUUCUCUACAUAGCUAAGGAAAACUAUGAGGAAGCCCGUUACCAUCUGGCCAAUGAUAUUUAUUUUGCCAGUUGUGCAUUUGGAACAGAGGAUAUCAGGACCUCAGGAGGCUACUUCCACUUGGCUAAUAUCUUCUAUGCCCUUAAACAGUUGAACGUGGCAGACACGUUGUACACCAAGAUCUCUGAGAUCUGGAGUAAAUACUUGAACACUCGCUACCAGGUGCUCUCAGAGGCUCGCAACAAACAGAUAGACUUACUGGGCAAACGAUUUGAGACCGAUACUGGCUUGGAUGAAGCGCAAGAAGCAGAAGCCAUUCAGAUCCUGACUUCAAUCUGGAACAUUCGAGAAUCUACAUCCAACAAAGCCCCCGAAAAAGCUAUCUUCAUUCUAAAUACCCUCGUCAUGCUUUACUACCUAAUGAUGAACUCUGCAAAGGCACAAGAAUAUGCCAAGAGGGCCUCCAGUCUAGCUGAAGAACACCAUCUCAGUGUCCAUGAACAAAGUACCAUUCAAGAGUUACUAAGUCUUAUCUCAGCUGAAGGAGCUCAUCCUGUUACUUAGUGACCCAUGAAUGCUGUGUCAGCCGCUACUCAAGGGGCUGUUGACUUUGUAAUGCGUUCCAGCUUACACAAGUGCUUUGAGGUACUGUGACUCGCCGAAGGCUCCCCUUUCCCCCGGGACUGCACACACAGCCGUGUUUUUAUUUUUAACAUAGCACGUGUGAGGGACUAUAGAGCUUUAGACAUAAAAAUCAGUAAAACCGAUCUUCAUUAUGACCUUUGCCCUUGGCCUCUGGUGACUUUGUAUGACUGAGUUAUGCACUGUCAGCUUAUUAAUAUGGUACUUUUAAUUGAAGCACAAAGAGUUUAUCAUUUAC